AUGAUCUCAUCUAUUGUUCAAAGUAAACGCAACAAACCAACUCUAUCACUUGAUAAUUUUCGUUAUACACAAGAUAAAAUUAUAAAUACAACUAUUUAUUGGAAAUGUGAAAACUGCUCUUGUCCUGGACGUGCGAUACAAUAUGCAGGAACCCCACCGAGUAUGAAGAAACCGCAUAAUCAUGAUGGUGAUGAAAUGAAGUGCAAAGUUGUUUUUUUUGCAUAUGCUUUCUUCUCUGAUAUCUUCUAUACGGGUAUCUGAUACUUUUCUCUAAUAAAUUUUUUGAAAAAAUAUACAGAUUUAUUAAGCAUCACACG